AUGACAGGCCUCCGAUACAACAAGCUCAUCCCUAUGAAGAAUGCUGAGCUGAAGGCUCUGCUCAAGGAGCGGGACCUGCUGACGACGGGCAAAAAGGCUGAGAUGGUUGCUCGGCUGGAGGCUGAUGACGAGGCCAAGGCUGCUGGUGGUGCUGAGACUGGCAACAAGGCUCAUGCUGAUGCUGGUGCUUCUACUGCCGCUGCUGCUGGUGGUGGUGCUGCUGCUGCUGCCGCUACCGCUACUGGUGCUGCUCCGCCGUCGUCGUCAUCGGCCUCUGCUGCGCCGGGCAUCAUCUCCAUGGCUGCGGUCAAGGAUGAUGCUGCUGAUCCCAUGUCGCUGGAGGCGCGGAAGGCUCGUGCUGCCCGCUUUGGUGUUCCGGUCAAGUACACCCCCGAGGAGGAGGCCAUGAUCAAGCUCCGCGAGCUGGAGGAGCUCGAGGCCAAGCGCAAGGCUCGCGCGGAGCGCUUCGGCACCGAGUACAAGCCGCUGCCGGAGACUCUUGCCGCCCGCCGCAAGGCGCCCACCAUCGGGCCCAAGCCCGUCCUUGACGCUGCCGCCAUCAAGGCCCGCGCCGCCCGCUUUGGCACCGAGCUCCCCAAGGAGCUCGCCGACAAGGAGGAGGCCGAGCUCCGCCGCAAGCGCAAGGAGCGCUUCGGCACCUCGGUGGCUCCCUCGGCCGAGCCGCUGCUUAAGAAGGCCAAGGGCCUGUAG